AAGCCUUCGUUCUUGCAAUUACUACCACUCACGAGGUGGCGAUUCUCAGUAGCCGCAAUUCCGUCAUAUCAACUUCCAUCUGUGGCGAGUAAUUGCUAUGGCUGGUUGGCGUUGGAUGGGGAAGCCGCGUAGGCGCGCUUGGCCGCCCUUUGCACAAUCGACGUCGUUUUAUUACGUGUCGCCUCGGGGAGUAAACAUACAUCUUCUAGGGCACAUGGGCCUCAAUCUGCAUGUGCCCAAGAUAGAUGUGGCCACCUGGCUGCACCAACAGACAGUAAGAAAUGGCCAUCCCCCGUUCGCUAAAAAGUCUCGAAAACUCUUCUCUGACUGCCUCAAGACCGUUUCGGAUUUUGAGAAUAUCCCCGUUCAACCUCGGCCGGCGAACAACGAACACCCAAGAUGGACAUGGAAACCGUUGAGGGACCGAAUGUUUAGGUUGUCAGGCAUCAGAGCCGAAUGUUUAGGUUGUCAGGCAUCAGAGGCAAGAAGAGAAAACGAGAAAGCGAUGACGGAUGCUUUCAUCCACAGAAAUCAUACUACUCAAAGGAGGCACGAUCAAACAUGUUACGGAGGAGGAGAUGAAAUACGACGAUGUGAAGCCUCGCAGUUUACGCGAAAUCCUUUACCCCGAGCUCGAAUUUCUAGGCAUAUCCAUUUUCCUCCAUUGCAGCGGCUAUCUCUCCCGACUGUACAUCCCUUCGUCCGCACCAAAGUGGCCCAAUCACUCAAUUCCAAGCGAAUCGACGCCAUCUUCCAGCUUCAACUCUGCCUUGCCAGGAUCAACCAAUGGCAAGCGGAGGACAGAAAAACCGAGACCGAGAAGAUUUUGAACACCCACGCGUUAAAUUAUACGCCUGCUUUCUGGAAUUCGGGCACUGGCUGAAUAGACAUUCCCCUACCCCCAUGAAAUACGCUUUUGUUGAGCCG